AACACCAGUCAUUUGAAAACUCCCCUGCUAUGUGAAGCCCUGGAAGCCUGAACCGCUCAGUGAAUCAGCUUGGAAACCUACAGUUUUGUUUCUACAGCAUUCUGUCAAAACAAGUAUGAACAUGGAAGUAAAGGCAACGUGAGGGGACGCGUUAUGAAGGGCUGAAAAAAAAAGAAGAAGACAGUAAAACACAGGAAGAAGGAAGCGUGAUCUGCGAUAUCUCCACUUUGUGUAUCAGUGCGUGUGUGUGUGUGUGGUGUGUGUAUGUGUGUGUGUGUGUGUGUGUGUUUUGGUGGGGUACAUGUGUGAAAUGAAACACUGACCUGUGCUGUGAGUUAAGGACAAUGUCUCUGAAACUACCUCGGAACUGGGACUUCAGCACCUUCAAGGCUGAGACAGCUCGAAUAGCACGAUCUAAGAGUGUGAUACCUGGUGAGGGAGGCCCCAGCCCGGGCUCGCCGCGCUCCUCCAGGUCCAUGGAGAGGCCGCUGAAGGCCGGCUGGCUCAAGAAACAGCAGAGGUCUUUAGUCAAGAACUGGCAGCAGCGUUACUUUGUGCUGAGAGGAAGCACUCUGACCUACCACAAAGAUGACAAGGAAACCACUGUUCAGGGUGUCAUCCAGUUGCGGUUUAGUAAAGUUAAUGAGCUCCCUCUCAACUCAGAUGAACCUGGAAAGUACCUCUUUGAGAUCAUACCACGUGCAACUGGAGACAGAGAGCGAUGUCCCUAUGUGUUCAUGGCAAACUCCCAGAGUGACAUGGAGGAGUGGGUGCGCACUCUGCGCAGGGUCAUCGGAGUGCCAACAAGUGGAGUGUUUGGAAAGGGUCUCGUGGACACGGUAACAUACGAGCAACGGUUUGGACCUCAUAUGGUUCCCAUCCUGGUGCAGAAGUGUGUGGAGUUCAUCAAAGAACACGGCCUGGAUGAGGAGGGCAUCUUCCGCCUCCCGGGUCAGGACAACGCUGUCAAACAGUUCAGAGAUGCCUUUGAUGCAGGAGAGAGGCCCUCAUUCCCCAGUGAUACAGAUGUCCACACAGUGGCGUCACUGCUCAAACUGUACUUGCGUGAGCUGCCUGAGCCUGUAGUUCCCUGGACUCAGUACCAAGACUUCCUGGACUGCACCAACCUGCUGGACAACGGCACCACAGAGGGUUGGGAAAAGCUGGAGAAACAAGUCGCCCUUCUCCCAAAAACCAACUACAACCUUCUCAGUUAUGUCUGCCGGUUUUUGUUUGAAGUGCAGCUCCACUCCAAGGUCAAUAAGAUGAAUGUGGAGAACUUGGCUACAGUGAUGGGGAUCAAUCUGCUCAAGCCUCAGAUAGAAGACCCUAUCACUGUGAUGAAGGCGACUCCUCAGAUCCAGAAGUUGAUGACAGUGAUGAUCAGACAGCAUGAGACUUUGUUUCCUCUCUGCAAAGAUGUGCUUCCCUCCCCGCCCUCAAAGAAGACCGAAAGCCAGAAGAACACACCCCGAAGCUUUGUGGGCUGGGAGUCUGCAGAGAUGGCUGAUGCAUCUCUGUCUGAGUCUCCAGAAGAGGAGGAGGACAUUGACAGCCCAGGUCCAGAAAGAGGAAACUGCAGUCCCCAUAACAUACUUCAGGAGCCUCCCUCGCCUUCCGCGGAUGACUGGCUCGGAAGUCCCCGCAAACGCACUCAGACCCUGCCAACCUUCAACUGCCCACUUAUAGGGAUGGCAGCCAAGGCCGACACACUCAGCCGGUGGAGUCGUGCUCAGGAGAGCAUAGAGGAGAACAGUGGGACAUUGUCAGAGGAUAUCUUUAAGAUCCUGGACCUCCGGAGUUCAGGUUCAUUGUUUGGGGCGCCUAAGAUCAGUAACAAGGAGGGAGAGGAUAGGUUAAGAGACCGGAGAGGAAGUGACAACACAGGUUCUUCUACUACUGCUGCCUCAAAAAAAUCUAACAGUGACUCCCGGCCUGCCCCUGUGCUGUCUCAUCAAAAGAGUGCAGGGGACCUGACUGUGAGCGGUUCAGCUCAACGGGUCAGCAGCAAGCCUGAGCAGAAGAAAGACGACAAGCAGCUUAUUGAAAGCCUGCAACAGGAGAACAAGGAGCUGAAGGCAACCAUAGCAGAGCUCCAGUCUGCUCUAGAAACAGAUCGCCGCCAUGUGGCUGCUCUGGAGAUCUGCCUGAGAAAUGCAGAGCGCAGCCGAGACGAGGCCCAGAAACGCAACAAGGAGCUACAAAGAGACAUUCAGCAAUUUCUCACCAACCAGCCACAAGCUCCAACCUAGCAGUCAUUUUCAGACUCUCUAGUAUAUGGAUUAUGACUUUGUUAAACUUUAAAAGAGCUAAUUUCACAUGAAGCGGUUAUGGGAAAUAUUAUCAUCCUGCAUUUGGACACUGGAUUGUUUCCAUUUGAGCCCUGUUUGAUCCUCAAGAUAAAUUAUUGGCUCACUGGUUCAUGCCUGUGAGGAAAGUCUAAAUGGGCUAUGAUAUCACUAUUUACAUUAAAGACUUAAACACAAGUUUGUUCCUCCAUGCUGCAGGCGUCAUGUCACUGUAUAUGAAUCUGCUGAGCCAUCAUACAGGAUAUACCCUUUGAUCAGAGGUCAACUUGACUGAAUAAUGUUAAAGUUGACAGACCAAAUACAAUGUGUCAUAUGUGGAGUGUAGUUUUAUUUGUGUUUAGGGUUCAUUUGUUUUAAACUAAUAAAAUACAUAAAGUCAUUUUGUUGAUGCGUAAAUUAAACUUAAGCCUUAGAUACAACUGAUUUUUCCUUUGGAAAAAAAGAUGAUGAGGCAAUGUCCUGUGAGGGAUGUGAAUAAAAAUGGUACAUGCCUGAAAGUG